AUGGAUUCCACAAGAGCGGAAAUCGAAAACAGAAUUCGUUGCAUUUUCGCCGAACUUACGAAGGUCAAUUUGUUAUGCACAUGCUUUGAGGACGUUACCGCCAGAGGAAGCCCGCAGGUUGAAAAGGAGAAGUUGAAUAAUGCGGUCAACGAGUUGUCAAUGCUGUGGAGAUCGUUGCCCCAAGGGGGUGUCAGAGAUACGUUAAAAUUGAUACUGGAGCAGUCGAUUCCUGUUCACUUACGCCCACCUCAGCGCGACCUGGCGGAACUUGCCGAAGCAUACAUCCAGCACAUAUGCAGCAGGGAGGCUAACUUGUUGCCGGCGUAUUUCGUCAUCAACGAAAUAAAAAAGAUGUUUCCAGACGUUCGAUGCUUUUCUCAUUGGAUGUUGUAUAACUUGGCUAAUUCGGCAUUCAAGAGGCCGAAAAGCCAGCUUAAUUCGGAAUUGAGACUGGCCGACAUGUACACGAAGGUAAUUGAUUCUUUCCGCCCGCUCGCGCAAAUGGUCAGUGUGUCAGACAUUACUGCUUUUUUCACAAAUUUUAAUGCUAACACGUUGGAUAAUAUUCUGCUCGAUAUCUUGAAGAACAUUUUGAUGGCCGAGUGGAGGAUAUCUGAAAACGUGUCAAGAAAUUCCAUCGUGGAUGAUUUAACGACAAUCUUUGGUCAUGUGAUGAAUAGUACCAUUUUCAAAUUCAAGAACAAUACAUACAACCUGACGUGCGGCGUUCCGAUGCGCUUUCCGGAAAAGAUGCGAUGCCCGAUGUUAGAGGAGAUGGUUUUGUCAAUCAUUUUGGAAGUGAUGUUCGAGAUCGAGAAGGACAGCAGCAGACAGCACCGAUACAUAUGGCAGAUUUUGGCCACUGAAUUGGUGUAUAUGGUGGUACAACAGAUGAUUAGUUUCACGCGUCUCGUUCAGCAGCUGCAUCAGAAGGUACGUUGA